GCAGCAGCAAAGAGUUUCUUCGACUUUCUGUUUCACCAUUUUGCAGGGCUCCGUCAACGGCUAAUUUUGAGGAUGACAGGCAUGGAACUUGAAUUUUACAAUGCUGCGAAGCAAGGUAACAUCGAAGCCUUUCAAGGAAUGGGCGAGCAAAUUGAGUCCAUACUAACUCCAAAUAAGAAUACAAUGCUUCAUCUACACUUCACAAACUAUGCUGAUAGUGUAUCAGAGACAUUUGCAGAAGAGGUUCUAGGUACGUCUCCUGCACUUUUUUUCAAGAUCAAUAUGAAGGGUGAAACCAUACUUCAUAGAGCAGUAAGGUAUGGACAUCAAAAAAUACUGAAAAAAUUAAUUGAUUGUGCUAAAGUUCUCCCUAGAGAUAUCAAUGAAGUUGGAUCUGAGAGAAGGCUUAUAAGAGCAAUAAAUGAUAAGAAGGACACAGCUUUGCAUGAGGCUGCUCGUUAUGGUCACACAGAAGGUGUGGAUUUCUUGGUAAAGGAAGAACCAGAUCACUCAUAUUUUGGGAAAAAUGUUGCUGAUGAGACUCCACUUUAUAUUGCUGUUGAGAGAAAAUACUGGAACGUGGUAGAUACGAUAUUGAAUAACAGUGAUAAUUCACUGCAAAAUAAUGGCCCUAACGGCAGAAUUGCUUUGCAUGCCGCAGUCCUUCAUGGUGACGCAGAAAAAGUAUCAAAACUGUUGGAAAGAAACUUACCAGCAGCCAAACAAGUAGAUGAAAAUGGUUGGGUGCCACUUCACUUGGUAGCAAUUGCUACAAGUUUUGAUGUGGUAGAGUUGUUGGCAAGCAAAGAUAGAAGCACAGCAUACAUGAGAGAUAACAAGGGAAGGACGGCUCUUCACUUUGUAGUUGUUCAUGAAGAUUCAUCUGUUAUGGAAAAGAUAAUAAAAUAUUGUACAGAUUGCUGCGAAUUGGUGGAUGAAAAAGGUUCCAAUGCUCUUCACUAUAGUACACUAAGAGGAUAUUUAUUUCCUGAACUAAAACAGAUUGUGAAAGAUGAACCACUAAUAAGCAAAUGA